UAUAACGCAGGCAGAUCAGUCUUCUCCUCUGUAUCUUGUCAACGCGCUGGAGAGCGCUGUGUUUCACUGCGAAGUGCUGCGAAAUCGGAAACGUGUGGUUUCAUUCCACAGUCAGUAGAUCUACGUACUAAAUUUAAAUGGCGGUUUUAUUUAGAUUACUUUGCUGUUUAAACAACAUACGUUCUCUUUUGACAAUUAUUACUGCAAGAUUACACAAAAUUAAUUCGUGAUUCCUAAAAAUAAUGAACCGAAAAGUAAUACAACAAAACCGCACUGUACUGUAUGUAGUUUGUGUGAUCUUAAGUGUUUGAGAAGAUUCGCUUGGACUUUGAUAUUACCUUGUAACGAUAAACAAACUAAUAUGGAGUCAUUUGCUCUCUCAGCGUGAGAUCAUCUCGGUGUGCCUGCUGAGGAAGUUUCCCCUGGACUGUGUGGUUGACUGUCGAGCGACGACCUACACGUUUCAGUACCACCUUUCCGUGGACAGCUCUUACGUGCGACACAGAGUGAGCCGUUUACUUCGAAAGUGAAGUCGUUCAUUUGUUAUUCUAUUGCGGUGAGGUAUUGAAGCCGAAAUUCUGAUGUACUGAGGUAGGUUCGACGCCUUUGGUUUCAAGAAAAUUUAGGGAGUUUUCAUAAAGUGAAGCUCAUUGUUACGACUGCGGCCGUGGCUGUUUCUGAAAGCAGUGGAGGGUAAGGAUAACUGAACGACUUUCAGGCAUGGAGUGCACGGCUCUAAGCAGAGAAGGGGCAGGUUUCGCCAAACCACCUAAACAUCUGUGGCGGCAACCCAGAACUCACAUCAGGAUCAAGCAGCGCUAUCACUCGGACACUGAGAGGUACUUAUGCUGCAGCAGAACAAUGGAAAAGCACCGUCCGGGACUCAAAAAACCACGAAUGUCUUGGCCAUCGUCAUUUCACAAACGUUUCGAUGUUGAAAAUGGGCUGUCGGUGGGCCGCAGCCCCCUGGACCCCCAGGCCAGUCCGGGCUCGGGCCUUGUCCUGCAGGCCAACUUCCCACACAGCCAGCGACGGGAGUCCUUCCUGUAUCGCUCCGAUUCGGACUUUGACCUCUCGCCUAAGGCCAUGUCCCGGAACUCCUCCACUGCCAGCGAGCUACAUGGUGAAGACAUGAUUGUGACACCAUUUGCACAGGUUCUGGCGAGUUUGCGGACAGUGAGAAGCAACUUUGCGGUUUUGACUCAUCUGCAGGAUCGUGUGGCUAGCAAAAGAUCAUCUGGCAGCAACCCUCCAUCCAUGUGCAAGCCAAGCCUACCAGAGGAGACCUAUCAGAAGCUGGCCAUCGAGACGCUGGAGGAGCUGGACUGGUGUCUGGACCAGCUGGAGACGCUUCAGACGCGGCACUCCGUCAGCGAGAUGGCCUCCAACAAGUUUAAAAGGAUGCUGAAUCGAGAACUCACUCAGCUGUCGGAAACCAGUCGGUCAGGGAACCAGGUGUCAGAGUUCAUCGCCAGCACAUUUUUAGAAAAGCAGCAUGAUGUGGAGAUCAUGUCCCCGCCUCCCAAGGAGAAGGACAAGAAGAAGCGUCCCAUGUCCCAGAUCAGUGGGGUGAAGAAACUGACCCACAGCCCUAGCCUGGCCCCCACCAGCAUUCCACGCUUUGGGGUCAACACAGACCAGGAGGGUCCUCUGGCCAAGGAGUUUGAAGAUAUCAAUCGAUGGGGCCUAGACAUUUUCAAGAUAUCAGAAUAUUCUGGGAACCGCCCAUUGACGGUAGUAAUGUACUCCAUUUUUCAGGAGAGAGACCUGCUGAAAUCUUUCAAGAUCCCUGCGGACACUUUCAUCACAUUCAUGAUGACGUUGGAGGACCAUUACCAUGCCGACGUGGCCUACCACAACAACAUCCACGCGGCUGAUGUGGUCCAAUCCACCCAUGUCCUCCUCUCCACCCCUGCACUAGAAGCUGUCUUCACUGACCUUGAAAUCCUGGCAGCUCUGUUUGCCAGUGCCAUACAUGAUGUUGACCACCCAGGGGUCUCAAACCAGUUCCUCAUCAAUACAAACUCUGAGCUGGCGCUGAUGUACAACGAUGCGUCUGUCCUGGAGAAUCACCACCUGGCUGUGGGCUUCAAGCUACUGCAGGAGGAGAACUGUGACAUUUUCCAGAACCUUAGCAAGAAGCAAAGGCAGUCACUGCGCAAGAUGGUCAUUGACAUGGUGCUGGCCACUGACAUGUCUAAACACAUGAACCUACUGGCAGACCUGAAGACCAUGGUGGAGACCAAGAAGGUGACCAGUCUAGGAGUGCUUCUGCUGGACAACUACUCAGACCGCAUCCAGGUUCUCCAGAACAUGGUGCACUGUGCUGAUCUCAGCAACCCAACAAAACCGCUGGAGCUAUACCGACAGUGGACUGACCGCAUCAUGGUGGAGUUCUUUACCCAGGGAGACCGUGAGAGGGACAAGGGCAUGGAGAUCAGUCCCAUGUGUGACAAACACAAUGCCUCCAUCGAGAAAUCCCAGGUUGGAUUCAUUGACUACAUCGUCCACCCACUGUGGGAGACCUGGGCAGAUCUGGUUCACCCGGAUGCCCAGGAAAUCCUGGACACGCUGGAGGACAACCGGGAAUGGUACCAGAGCAUGAUCCCCCACAGCCCCUCCCCAACCCCUGAGGACCGGGACAAGGAGGGCAGCGCGGGGGGCAUUGGAGGGGGUGGGGGGAGCAGCGCUUCGGGAGGAGACAAGUUCCAGUUUGAGCUGACCUUGGAGGAGGAGGGAGAAUCAGACACUGAGAGCCCUCCUGAGGAGGAGCAGCUGGGGGCCGCAGUGGGGGAGUCCUCCAGAACAUCCGCAGAAAGCAAAACCCGGCCCACAUCCCCCCACCCAGGACACGCCCUGAGCCUGGCGGCCAUGGCGGUGAGGAGCCCCCGCCACAGGACGUUGUCCUCUGAGGUAGACAGUACCCCAGAGGGGGAGGAUGCGGACAGAGAAUUUGACCAAGAAGGGAAUAGCGUGUCAUUUUUACGGCUCAGCACGUAACGGAGGGCUCCAGCACUUUUUUGUCCGAUUUCUGAGUUUAUGUUUCUCCACUUCCUCCCAGCGUGUGAUGGGCUGAGCGGUAGCACAGAGCAGCACAGUGGCAGAGGGCAGAGAGUGAGGGUGUGCUUCCAGCAAGUCUGUAACUGUUACUCAGACAACUGUCGCCUUACACUGGAGAUGCCUCUGAAGAUAGCCCACAGUUGUUGUUUUUUUUUUUCAAUCUUGUGGAACAAGAAUUAAUACUUCAGUUGUUCUAUUUUCGCCAGAUGCGCCUUUUCACCCCUCCUUACAUGUUGUUUUUCAGUAAGUGUCUUAGACACAGACUGCUGUAUUUGGCUGUGAGAUUGCGCAGUUUCUGAAUGUAACUGCAGGCAAAUCAGCCAUACUAAGGUCUACUGACAGAGCAAGGAAUUCUACUCAAAAGGUCUUCCUUUGAAUGACUCUAUAUGAUGUUUGCAGAAGAAAAGAAGAGGAUGAAAUAUUUUAACAUUACAGGGUCCUGGGAUUUUUGUACCAAAACAGUUAAUUGAAAAAAAAAAUUGACUUAAAAACAUUAAUUGAUAUGUUCAUUAUUUUUUUGUUUCUUUGUUUAGUCUCUUAAAAUAUUUUAGAGCGUGAUCAGUAAACUGUGGCUACAGUUUCACCAAAUAUGUACCUGAUUAGAAAACCAUGACAUUUAACCUCAGGGUAUGAAGAAAAUAAUGUUUUAAUGUAGCAAGGACAUCUUGGGUACCCCCAUAGCUAGACCGUCUCUUUUGGGUGUUGGGUCUGUCAGACCACUUUUUACAAGGCUCUGUGAGUUUGCCUAAAGAAUGGUCUUGAAAAUGUGCUUGAGACUGAUCAUUUCUGUGUGUCUGGCGCCCCCUACUGUACCAUUUUUUUAACUUCACCCAUAGUUUGGGAACUAAAGCAAUUAAAAGUGGAAAUGAACAUGAUUUGGGUGCCAGUAUUUAAUGUUCUUUGAAUGGGACUGUAUAGCUGAAAUAUUAUGACAUUCAUAAUAUUUCCCCAAAAAUCUGUGGUCUGCUGUGGUCCGUGUUGAGGGGUACCCAAAACAAGUAACUUUAAAUUUACAAACACCACUUACACUCAUUUUGUAUUACUUUUAUGUGACACUGUCUCAUUUUGUUGUCAGAUUUUUAAUUUGAUUUGAUUUUGUUUUCAUUGUACUCUAAUGAUUCUUGUCCACACAUGUUUGUGUGUUCUUGACCUUUGUCAGCAUGUUAUCAGGCUGCCUCCACUAUAGCACUUUACAAACUUUGUCACAAAAACCAUACAGCUUCAAAGGGCUUGAGCCAAACCAUGUUCACAUACAGGGCAACUGACUGAGGGAUGCUGUUGUGACCAGAGUAACCUGCUGUGUUACUUAAUAAUGAUUAAGUCUGUUUUGUACAGAAUAAUUGGGUACAUAGGACUACAGGGCAACCUCUGUGUCAGACCUUUUUUUUUUCCUUUAUGAUAUUGAUUGGUGUCCUGCUCUUCACAGGGACAUAGCCAAUGACAAUGGAGGUGCCAAGCAAGCAUGACACAAAGUGUACUGUAAUUUCCAUUUGCCACAGGCUAAUUUCCAUUGAUGGUUGCAUUCUUGUUAGCGUAUCCCUAUUUACUCCCUUCGAUUUCACCAAUACAUGCACACACAAACACGCAUGCACACACACGCACACAUGCACACAUACACACAUACACACCAAGUGCAGGAGACUCUACAUUAAACUUAAUCACUGUGAACUAAAGAUUACUUAUCAAUAAUGAAAUCAACCGUGAUACAGGGGUGUUAGGGCAAAUAAUAAAGAUCAAUGAAGAUGUACAGACAUUACCUUAUGGCGACUAGGAUUGACAUGAAAUUAGAGGCUUAAUCAAAAGCACUUUAUGGAGUGUAAUUUGGUGUAUUAACAUCCUCAGAUACAGCUAUUAGCACUACAUUUUUAGUUUUAUAUUCAGUAUGCAUCAUCUUUAGUGUUGUUGUCAUUGAAGCUGCUGUGUUGUUUCCAUUUCCAUCAUAGAUAGAACAGGACCACAACAGUAUAAAUAGGAUUUAAGCGUCUGUAAGUAAGCAUUACAUUAUGAAUGUUUUGUACAUUUUUACAGUCAAAACUAUAAAGGGGAAAUGAUUUUUUCCUAAAAUGUAGGAAAAUGUAAGUACACUGGUAUACUUGUACGACAGUAGUCCGUCCAGUCAGCUGUUCUGUAAUGAAUAUUCAAACAUCUGAAAUUUCAGAGCCUUAAAUUUCAAUGAAGAGAAACUUGACCCUAUAAAGGGUACCAACUACAGGAUCCACAGUGCCAUACAAUGUGUAAGUGCAGACAGCCAGGGCUCCAGCCAAGAGUUGGCUUGUCUCUCAUUCACUCAGCUUUGGGACAGUGCCAUACCAUUAUGUACCAUUCAUUUCAUUUUUAGAUGAUUUUUUUCUUCUUUUACAUUGUGUUAAGUUUGCUAUUUAUUCUUUGUGCGUAUCUGUCAGCAAUGAAGUACUGUACAAAGACUUUAAUUUUCAUGUCUUGGAGCCUAAGAAUUCAAAUGUACCUUCCAAGAAAAGCGGAACAUAUUUUAACCACUCCAACAUGUUUCUUUGAUUUGUUCUAUUUUGUUUACCAUUGAAAAAGCCAAAAGACUCCACAAUUCAGGUUGUACUAGAGAAAAAAUACUAAUAAAUAAUAUAGGAAUCUGUCCUAUGUGAUGUUUAGUUUUGGUGUUGCUGCGUCUCUGUUCUGGUCUGACUUUUACUGCAGUCUUGACAAUCCAAACAACAUUUGCUACUGAUUUGUAGUUCCCGUUUUAUCUGACAAUUGUGUACUUGUCUUCUCUGUCAUUAAAGGAA